AUGAGGUUCACCAUCAUCGCCGCCGUGGCCUUUUCCAGUGCCGUCUUCGCUGCAUCAGAAAAGCGCGAUCCCCAAACCGACGUCGCCUCCAUCCUUGCCGCGCUUCGCGCCAACAAUCCCGAAGAUGCCGAUGCCGCCGCCGCCGCCAUGAAGAUCAAAAUUCGCUCCGCCGAGCCCGCACCCGAGCCCCAGUCCCAAGACGACCUCAACAGCAUCCUCGCCGCGCUGGCCCAGAACAAUCCGGCCGACGCGUCCGCCGCGCAGUCUGCAGUCGCGAAGCGCGAGGCCCAGGACGACUUGAACAGCAUCCUUGCUGCGCUGAGCGAGAACAACCCUAGUGACGCGGACGCGGCGCGUGCAAACAUCCAGAAGAGGCAGGAUGAUCUGAGUGCGAUUCUUGCGGCGCUGGGUCAAAACAACCCUGAUGAUGCGGCGGCGGCUGCGGGGCUGAGCAAGCGGUGGUUGUAA